AUUAAAACACAAAUGGACAAGAGGCUUCAAGAAGCAAUAGUGAAUGAUGACGUCGAUGUGCUGCAUACCUUACUUGUCGAAGAUCCGAAACUUUUGGAGCGCCAGACCGAGGAGCCGUUCCCCCAUACUCCUUUACACGUAGCUGCGGCCACCGGCAAAACCCAGGUCGCCAUGGAGCUGGCCACUCUAAGGCCCUCAUUUGCUCGAAAGCUGAAUCCAGAGGGGUUCAGUCCGCUGCACCUGGCUUUGCAGCAUGGGCAUUUUCAGACCGCAAGAGCUCUAGUGACCAUUGACCCCGAGUUGAUCCGCGUCAAAGGGAGAGGGAGGAUCACUCCUUUGCAUUACGUCGCUGGAAGGGAAGGAGACGAGGAGCUGGAGCUCCUGGCUGACUUCCUUUGCGCUUGCAAGUUGUCCAUUGAGGACAUAACGAGCCGGUGUCAGACCGUGGUUCACAUUGCCGUGAAGAGCCACAAUAUCAAAGCAUUCAGAGUUCUUCUUGGAUGGAUGAAGCGAGUGUAUCUGACAGAGGUCUUGGACUGGAAGGAUGAGGAUGGCAACACGGUCUUGCAUAUUGCAGUGUCCACAAAUCAGCCUCAGGUCGUCAAGUUGCUUACCGAGGACCGUCCAGUCCUUUUCAAAACCCGCCUCUUCUUGGGUUGCAUGUACACGGACCGCCUUGUGAAGGUGAAUGCCAAGAACUUCCGCGGCAAGACGGCCCUGGACAUCUUCCAGGAGAGUGGCUGCCGCGGAGAAAUCAGGGACAUGUUAGGAACUGCUAGGACUUCAAUCGCCGUAUCGCAGUUUUUGAGCGGGAAACUAACUCUCUUUGAGAAAUGCAGUAGGUACUUCGGAAUCCGGGAUGAACCGACUCGCAACAUGAUCCUGGUGGUGGCCACUUUAAUCGCGACCGGCACUUACCAGGCUGCACUUAGUCCUCCCGGAGGUUAUUGGCAAGACAACUCUGAGGCCCUCGCCAAUUCCACAAGCAUAGUUCGGAAACCACAUGUGGCCGGAAACAUGAUCUUGGGUGGCUCCAGGCUCUACUUCUUCACAGUGCUCAACAGUUUAGCCUUUUUCACUUCCAUCGGCACUAUCUGGGCCACGGCGAUCGGGUUACUGCCCGACACCUUCAUUGUUUACUUGGCCGUGUUGAUUCUCGGCCUAACUUUCUUCGUCUCCAUCAUCGUCGAAUUACCUAAGGCCAACGGUUUUGCAGGGACUCUGAUUUGGGCAUUUUACGAGAUCUUGUUGAUUGCAGUGCUGUUGCUCCCGAUCCUGGUUUGGUUCAGCCACAAGGUGAUUCAUAACCGGAUGGAUUCGACAAAGAGACGUGUCGGCAACUUCCUGGGAGCGGAGCCUCGAAGACACUGAGCAUGUAUGUAAUAACAGGAUUUUAUCCAUAUGACUAUUGUUGAAAAAUCACCGUUGUACUUCUCUUGCUGGUCCGCAAGAAUUUGCCUAAUCUUCUAUUCUUUGGUUAAGCAUGUCGGGAAUUGCUUCUAAAUGCUAUGCUUUCGGAUGUAAUGAUUUUCACCCUGCCAACUUAUAUAAA